AUACUUUUCAAUUACAGGCCUCACCAUUGCGAACAUAAUUCCUAUUAUGAUGCUGGGGCGCAAGCAGAGCCUCAAAGGGGAACCCGUCUUGGCCGAUUACGGCCCAGAGGAGUCCCUCAAUGAGAGCGCUGACAUAGAAUGGGUGAACAAGCUUUGGGUGAGAAGGUUAAUGAGAUCUUGUGCUCUAGUAUCUUUAGCUUCUGUUUGCUUGAACACUCCGAAAACAUUUGAGAAAAUCCCACCUCUUCAAUAUGUUACCUUUGUUUGCGAUUUGGUUAUCACGUUUCUAUUCACUGCUGAGAUGAUCGCCAAGAUGCACAUAAGGGGUAUACUGAAGAGGGACAAAUCUUAUUUGAAAGAUCACUGGUGCCAAUUCGAUGGAAGCAUGGUCAUCUUCCUUUGGUUGUCCGUAAUUUUACAAAUGUUCGAGAUGCUUGGUUUCGUUUUAGAGUUUAACUACAUUUCCAUAUUGCGAGCACCACGGCCCUUGAUUAUGAUACGCUUCUUACGUGUCUUCCUUAAGUUCUCCAUGCCGAAGGCUAGAAUCAAUCAAAUAUUCAAGCGUUCGAGCCAACAGAUAUACAACGUGACUCUCUUUUUCCUUUUCUUCAUGUCCCUUUACGGUCUUCUAGGCGUUCAGUUUUUCGGCGAAUUGAAAAACCAUUGUGUCCUCAAUACUACAGACCCGAAGAAUAUCACUAUAAAUAGUUUAGCCAUCCCUGAUACUUUCUGCUCCACUGAUCCUGAAUCAGGAUACCAAUGCCCAGAAGGAAUGACUUGCAUGAAACUUCAAUUGUCAAAGUACAUCAUGGGUUUCAAUGGAUUCGAUGAGUUUGCUACGAGCAUUUUUACCGUUUAUCAAGCUGCGUCGCAGGAAGGAUGGGUUUUUAUUAUGUACCGUGCGAUAGAUAGUUUGCCAGCUUGGCGUGCGGUCCUAUACUUCAGUACAAUGAUAUUUUUCUUAGCGUGGCUCGUGAAGAACGUAUUCAUAGCUGUCAUUACCGAAACUUUCAAUGAAAUACGAGUACAAUUUCAACAGAUGUGGGGUGUCAGGGGACACAUUAGCAACAACACAGCGUCGCAAAUAUUAACUGGCGAUGACAACGGUUGGAAAUUGGUAACAUUAGACGAGAACAAACACGGAGGCUUGGCUUCUCCGAUAUGUCACGCGGUUCUACGAUCUCCUCAGUUUCGCAUGGUGGUUAUGUUCGUGAUUCUGGCGAAUGGCAUCACCACCGCGACCAUGAGUUUCAAGCACGACGAGAAGCCAAGGCACACGUACUACGAUAACUAUUAUUACGCCGAGAUCGCGUUCACUAUAUUCUUGGACCUUGAGACGUUGUUCAAGAUCUGGUGUCUCGGGUUUCGCAGUUACUACAAGCACUCGAUACACAAAUUUGAGCUGCUGCUGGCAAUCGGUACAACCGUGCACAUCAUUCCGUUCUUCUAUCUCUCUGGAUUCACAUAUUUUCAGGUUCUUAGAGUAGUUAGACUGAUCAAGGCGUCACCUAUGCUCGAGGAUUUUGUAUAUAAAAUAUUCGGCCCUGGGAAAAAGCUAGGCAGCCUCAUUAUAUUUACCAUGUGCCUGUUAGUCAUAUCGUCCAGCAUUUCUAUGCAGCUCUUCUGUUUCCUUCGCGACUUCACGAAAUUUGAAACAUUCCCAGAGGCAUUUAUGUCUAUGUUCCAAAUAUUAACGCAAGAAGCUUGGGUGGACGUUAUGGAUGAAACAAUGUUAAGGACACAUGAAACGAUGGCUCCAUUUGUUGCCAUGUACUUCAUUUUAUAUCAUCUUUUCGUUACACUGAUUGUGUUAAGUUUAUUCGUCGCCGUAAUCUUGGAUAAUCUCGAACUGGACGAGGACAUCAAGAAACUGAAGCAAUUGAAAUUUCGCGAACAGAGCGCGGAGAUCAAGGAAACUCUGCCAUUCAGGUUACGAAUAUUUGAGAAAUUUCCUGAUAGUCCUCAAAUGACAUGCUUGCACAAGGUGCCGUCAGACUUCAAUCUUCCAAAAGUCCGUGAAAGUUUCAUGAGACAGUUUGUAUUCGAAAUGGAAAACGAGGAGAACGAGGGUGUCAAGAAGAUAAAUGAAACCUUCGACUCAAAAAUGAUAUACAGAAAACAACGUCCAGUGAAGAUUUUAAACAAUCCACCAAAAGUAAGAAACGUUGUUACAAGUCUGAAAAAGGCAGCUGUUAUCUACAUUAUAAAUGAUUCAAACAAUCAAAGAUUAUUAUUAGGAGACUCGGCUAUGAUACCAGUACCAGGCAAAGGUCUUUUGAAGCCACAGGGCACUGUCAGCAGUGCCAAGCAACUUCGCUUCGAUCAGAAAAAGUCAAUUAGAAGGAGCGUUCGUAGCGGAUCGAUCAAGUUGAAACAAACGUACGAACAUCUGAUGGAAAAUGGUGACAUUGGUGGUAUAAACAGAGUCAGCUCUUCACGUAGUAGACCGCACGAUUUGGAUAUUAAAUUGUUGCAAGCUAAGCGACAACAGGCCGAGAUGCGAAGCAAUUUUCUUGGCUUGGUCACGUACCUUGAUUGGGUAAUGAUCUUUGCUACCACUAUGUCUUGCAUCUCCAUGAUGUUCGAAACACCACGAUACCGCGUAAUGGAAGUCCCGGCAUUGCAAAUUGCGGAGUACGGUUUCGUGAUUUUUAUGAGUAUCGAGUUAGCUCUAAAAAUUCUGGCAGACGGACUAUUUUUUACGCCGAAGGCCUAUAUCAAAGACGUCGCCUCAGUGUUGGAUGUUUUUAUUUAUGUUGUCAGCCUCGUGUUUCUAUGUUGGAUGCCGAAGAGCGUGCCGCCGAACUCCGGUGCGCAGCUUCUUAUGAUCUUACGUUGCGUUAGACCUCUGAGGAUCUUCACUCUCGUGCCGCACAUGAGGAAAGUUGUUUACGAAUUAUGUCGAGGAUUCAAAGAGAUCUUAUUGGUGUCCACUCUAUUGAUUUUACUGAUGUUUAUAUUCGCGAGUUAUGGUGUACAGCUUUACGGUGGUAGAUUAGCUCGUUGCAACGAUCCGACCAUUCUAAAGCGAGAAGAUUGCGUUGGAGUGUUCAUGAGGAGAGUUUUCGUGACGAAAAUGAAGUUGAAGCCAGGCGAGAAUGAAAGCUAUCCAUCGAUACUGGUGCCGCGCGUAUGGGCUAAUCCUAGAAGAUUUAAUUUCGACAAUAUCGGAGACGCACUGAUGGCACUUUUCGAAGUACUGUCUUUUAAAGGGUGGCUCGACGUUAGAGACGUUCUUAUCAAAGCUCUUGGUCCCGUCCAUGCUGUUUAUAUUCACAUUUAUAUUUUCUUGGGCUGUAUGAUUGGUUUAACGCUGUUCGUCGGUGUCGUUAUUGCUAAUUAUUCUGAAAACAAAGGAACUGCACUACUCACAGUCGAUCAAAGACGAUGGUGUGAUUUGAAAAAACGACUGAAAAUCGCACAACCGUUACAUUUACCACCUAGGCCAGAUGGAAAGAAAUUCCGUGCGUUUAUCUAUGACAUCACUCAAAAUAUCUAUUUCAAAAGAUUCAUCGCAGUCAUGGUGCUCAUAAACAGUGCUCUUCUGUGUGUCUCUUGGAGAAUCGAGGAGGAACACACGGAAGCACUCGCUACGGUGUCCACGAUUCUGACACUCAUCUUCCUCGUGGAAGUAAUUAUGAAAAAUAUUGCUUUUACACCACGUGGCUAUUGGCAGUCCAGAAGAAACAGAUAUGAUUUGCUCGUGACAGUCGUCGGUGUUAUUUGGAUCGUCAUUCAUUGUACAAUGAAGAACGAUUUGUCAUACGUAAUCGGCUUUAUGGUCGUGAUUCUUAGAUUCUUCACUAUUACUGGCAAACAUACAACACUGAAAAUGUUGAUGUUAACGGUCGGAGUAUCCGUUUGCAAAAGUUUCUUCAUUAUAUUUGGCAUGUUUCUCCUUGUUUUCUUUUACGCGUUAGCCGGCACGAUCAUCUUUGGAACUGUAAAGUACGGUGAAGGUAUAGGAAGGCGUGCCAAUUUUGAGUCACCUGUAACUGGCGUUGCGAUGCUCUUCCGUAUUGUCACCGGGGAGGAUUGGAAUAAGAUAAUGCACGAUUGCAUGAUACAACCACCGUAUUGCACACCAGCUGCUAAUUAUUGGGAAACCGAUUGCGGCAACUUUCAUGCUUCCUUAAUAUAUUUUUGUACCUUCUACGUCAUUAUCACUUACAUUGUUUUAAAUCUUUUAGUGGCUAUUAUUAUGGAGAACUUUUCUCUAUUCUAUUCCAACGAAGAAGAUGCUUUGUUAUCUUAUGCUGAUAUUAGAAAUUUUCAGAACACAUGGAACGUUGUUGAUAAUCAUCAGAAAGGUUUUAUACCUGUGAAACGGGUGAAGUUUAUUUUACGAUUAUUGAAAGGUAGAUUGGAAACCGAUCCGCAGAAGGAUCGACUUCUCUUCAAACAUAUGUGCUAUGAACUGGAGAAGUUGAACAAUGGCGAAGAUGUUACCUUUCAUGAUGUUAUCAAUAUGUUAUCCUACCGUUCGGUUGACAUCCGAAAAGCUCUUCAACUCGAAGAGUUAUUGGCAAGAGAAGAGUUCGAAUAUAUCAUCGAAGAAGAAGUUGCUAAGCAAACGAUCAGAAACUGGCUAGAGGGUUGCCUGAAAAAAAUACGUGCAAGUGGAAAGCAACAAAAUAGUCUCGUCGCCGGCCUUCGCGCCAACACUGAACAAGCACAACAGCAGGAGCAUGUAGAAGAGAAAGGCAAAGAGGCCGUCAAAGAAGAAGAAACUGAAACAAAGGAUACUGAUGCUGCCAGGCACAAAGCAAAGAAACCAGUAGUGCUUCCAAGAUCUGAUAGUAUAGGUAGUGGAUCAGGAAGAAAAUAUUUAACUCCAACACUGUCGGAUCCUGCUUCAAUCAGGACUGAAAAAGAUAAGAAUGCAGCACCCAAGAAGAAAAAUAACAGGCCACCACCGGUGCCGAAAAAUAAUUUGCCACAUCUCACAGAGAGCACUGAGCAAAGCAGACAGCAGCGGGAAGUAGUCAAUGCAAAAGCAACUGUACCAAAACCUUCUAAUGUUAUGCUAGAGGUUCGAGAAUGGUGGAAGGAACAGUUAGCAUACAGCAGUGAGUCCAGUGAAGACGAAGUUUAAGCAAACUCACAUUUCCAACAAGUAUAAAUUAAAAGUGGCGCAGUGUAAAAAUGGAGCGCAUGCAUAAAUACGAUUUGUAUUUCACUGUUCGUUGCGUAUGAUUCAUUUUUACUUGUCUCCAAGAAGAUUAAAAAUUAGAAAAAUAUAAGCAUGUGCCUGAAACACCAGCAUUAAAAGUAAGGCAUAAGAAAAAGCACUUUGGAGCACAUAGAAGAGAAGGUACAAUUCCUGUAAUUAUAUAAAAAUAUUAUAUAAUUAUAAUUUAUAAAAAAAAUUUUUUUCUGAGUAGAAUUCUUUCUUUUGCAUAUUUUUGAAAUCUUAUUUUCUACGUCGUUGUUUACAAACUAAAAAGUGUAUGUGUAGAAAAAUAAUUUAUAUUCAUUUCUAAUCGUUAUUUUUUGAUAGAAAAUUUUGCAAUGCUGUAUCGAAAUAACAAAAGAAACGUUAUUUUAUACUGCACGAGGGAAUUGUAUUAUACAAUUUUUAUUUUUAGAUUUUAUCGUUAUUUGGUUUUUUUUUUUUUUUUCU